UCUAAUUGCAUCGUCAAGUUUCAAUCGUGUACCGUUCACUCAGACGCCAUCUAGAGUUUCGCCUAAUGUAAAAAUAUUUUCAGUCGACAUUAGAUAAUUCAACAACGUGGCUUUCUUUAAAAUAUUUUGUUAUCGGUGCUUCUAACGGUUUACAUUUGCGCCCUUCCACUUUGGUUCAUUUCUCCUGCUAUAACCCAGAAGAAAAGGGUCAGACAUGGACAGCAACAGAAAGAAGGUGAAAUUUAACUGGCUGAAUACCGUCUUCAGUUCAGCACGUGCCCAAAGGGGAGAUGAGGGCUCAAGCACACCUUCUCCCUGCAAAACCCCCCAAAACAAACCGACGACACUUCCCCCUGCCGACUCCCCCGGAUCAGAGAGUUUUGGAGCACUCUCUCUGAACACCCCUAAGAGAAAAUUAGAGCUCUCUGGUGAAAGUCUGCCCUCUGCAGGCAAAGUCAAGUUGAGGAAGCUCUCUGAGGAUGAUUUUACAACACAAGUGGAUUUGCCUACAAACAAGUCACCCAAGCACCUGGAGUCGCCAAAGAGUCAAGAAGUAGUUAAACCUUCGUCUCACACUUUCAUCCUGAAAAAAAAGGAGAGGACACCUGAGGAGGGAUCGAGGGCUAUCUGCAGGAUGGCAUUAAUGGCAGCCAUUAGCAAUAAAAAAACAGAUCUCUGCACAGCUGAAAGGCUUUUGGCCGACACUGAGAGUGACUCUAAGCCCUCUGUAUCCUCUCCUGUUGAACCUGAAGAACCCAGUCCACCGUCUCUGGACAGAACAGAUUUGGAAACCUGCUGCUUUUCAAGUAAUCCGGAAGAAUUUGAAGAUAUUGUUCCUCUAGAAGAGGAUCACAGUUCUCCAGUGCGGACCUUUGGGGACACACAAUCCAAAGAAAGCGACUCCGUUUAUGUUGAGACCACCACUCACAGGAAGUUGUUUACUCCAGAAAGGUAUCCAGAAGUAGAGGAUCAUGACUCGCCCAUCCGUUUGCUGGAAUUGAUUCCAGAUUCUUUGCCUAGUUUCAUGUUUUGCCAGAAGAACCUGCUUCUCCAGACUGUCCAAGAAGCUAAAACAUCAACAUCGGUUCCUGUUUUCUCCACUACUGAAGCUUCUGAGCCAAGUCAGGCAGUUGCAGAGGAUGACGAGCAGCAUUUCUCCCCAUCACAGAGGACGUUUUUUUUCUCAUUCAAGCAGCCCAACCCACCAACCAGAUCUUCCUUAAACUCUCUCCAAGCCAAGACACCGAACGUCUCCUCAUCCUUCAUGGCCCACUCACUGGAUCCCUUUUCUCUGCCUUUACUCUCAAACAGAGGAGGAUCUUGCUCUUCUUUGGCACCACGCAGGCAAAGUGAGGGGUACUCCUCCAUGUGUCGCUCCCCUCACUCCUUAACCCCCAGUUCUGCUCCUACAAGAAGAUUGUCCCUGGGUGCUGAACCGUUGUGGACCAGUUACCCCGACUAUAACAGUCGUACUGGUUUCAUCGACACACAUUGCCAUCUAGACAUGCUCUAUGGGAAACUUGGCUUCAGAGGCACAUUCGGCUACUUUCGACAGCUUUACAAGAAGAGCUUCAGUCCGGAGUUUCGAGGCUGUAUUACAGACUUUUGCAACCCUAGACUGAUGGUGAAGGAGGACCUGUGGGAAGGCUUGCUGGGUGAAGACAUGGUCUGGGGGGCAUUCGGCUGCCACCCUCAUUUCGCCAACAAUUACUCCAAUUUUCAGGAGCACAGUAUAAUGAAGGCAAUGAGACACCCAAAAGCUGUGGCGUUUGGUGAAAUGGGGCUGGACUACUCUCACAAAAACUCAACAGACGCUUCAAAGCAGAAACAGGUGUUUGAGCGUCAGCUGAACCUGGCUGUGGGCAUGCAGAAACCUCUGGUGAUCCACUGCAGGGAUGCGGAUGACGACCUGCUGGCUAUCAUGAAGAAGUGUGUUCCCAGAGAGUACAAAAUCCACAGGCACUGCUUCACCAACAGUUACUCGGUGAUCGAGCCCUUCCUGACGGAGUUCCCCAACUUAUAUGUGGGCUUCACCGCUCUAAUCACCUACAGCAGUGCCACCGAGGCUCGAAACGCCGUCCGCAAGAUUCCUCUGAACCGCAUCGUCUUGGAGACGGACGCACCGUACUUCCUGCCAAGACAGGUUGGUAAAAACAUCUGCCGGUUUUCACACCCUGGAAUGGGCAUCCACACUCUGCACGAGCUGAGCUGGCUGAAAGGGGAAGAUGAAGCCAUGGUCCUCAGCACCAUCCGAAACAACACGACCCAGCUCUACGGCAUAUGAUCUGCAGACAAAAUGCAUUUCAAAACAAUACAAUCAGUUCAUUGAAUAUCCUUUGCAGUUUUUUGUGUAAGGUUUUAUUACUUAAGGGUUGAAGGAGCAGUUUUAUAUUAAACAAUCAAAAAUGCUCAAAACUUGUUAAAAUCCUGUUUCCUGAUUAUGUUUUUAGUCUGUGUUGUUUCAAAUAAGUCAGAAGCUGUUUCAUAUUCUUAGUCUGUUUCUGUCGCCUGAUAUUCCUGUUCGGGUGUAUUCUCUUGUCCUGCUGCUGGGCAUUUUAGUUUGGUUUGAUGUGCAUUAAGCCUUUUGCAGCUCAUGGUUAUUUGCCAGGUGUGUUCAGGUGAAUUAUUAAUUCAUGCAGGUUGAAAGAGUGUGUACAGAGUCAAACACGAGUGUGUGAAAUCACCACCACUGCAGAAAGGCAGCACCACGUCAGGUCCAUUAGCCUGCUUCAGGACCUCCAUCUUCAUCCCACACACACAUUUGGACUCAAGUGCUUUUUAUUCAGAGAAUGUUAUUCCUGUGACAUUUUCAGUUAGUUUGUUGGUCAUAGAAUUAUUAGUUUUUACGUCGAUGUGUUUCCCGCAGAGAAAAUGUACGUUGAAACCCGUUUUGCCAGGUCCCUGAGAAAACCUCAUUUAAACUGAAGAAUGCAGGUCAGCACUCACACUCAGUUUAAAGCUUCAGUAAAAAUAAAGAUGGACAUCA